AUGGAAUUGAGAGUAAUUUUCUGGAAUUUAAGGUGGGGACUUUUGGUUAUUCCAGAAAAUAUUCAAGUCUAUUUAAAAAAUACAAGAACUACAGACUACAUUAUGAGUGCAAAUAGUUCACUCACUGUAACAGAUAUUUCAGCAUCACUAUAUAUUUAUUUCGAUGACCUUCAGUUAUUUUCUCCAAAAGCCAAUAUUUCGACGUGGAGUAAAUCAGAAAUAACUAAAUUUUUCCAUGGACUUGAAAACUUAACUGAUCGCUUUACUGUCGUAAAUUUGAUCAUUCCAGUUAAAAAAGAAGGUUUUCUGCGAAUUAUUAAUUCAAUUAGUAAUGAGCAAAUAACAUGUUUCCCAUUGCAUGAAAUCGGAAACUUUGCAAAGAGCCCAGACCCUGCAACGGCAAACUAUGUUUUGUUAACUCGUAGCAUUUUUUCACCAUCAGCUUACAGAAGGAAUGCGAAUAACGAAGUAGUUGACCCAGCUGCAGAUCAACUACCAAGUUCACAUCAAACUCAUAUAUUACGUUGCCGAACACACUAUGGGGCACUAAGAAUAAUCGAUGUUAUUAGUCGAAUUCUUACGGAAGAAGUAGGAUCAACUAUCAAGCCAGGUGCAUGGGAUCCUCAAAACAUUACCCUUCGUUUACAUUUGGAUGUCAGAGAAGAUGAUGGAUCAGGUGUUAAUUAUACUCCUGUACCAAAGGAAAAGUCAGAACUAUUCAAAGUGCGAAAAAGUAUAGCUAAACGCCUAUUCGUUGGUAUCAGUCAAGUUGAUGGCCAUGUAUAUCUGCCAAUUGACAAGAUUUUAGACAUAUGUGUAGGUUAUGGUCGCUAUUUAUCAGAAAGUGAAUUAACCUAUCUGGGAGGUGCAGAAAAUGCUACUCGAGGAGAAGCAUCCUCAAACCUUAUAAGUGGAACUUCAUUUUCUGCUUGGGUCAAUUGGCCGUCAAAUCACAAUCAGUUUUCCAUGUUCGAUGUUGUUGGAAGUCGUGAUGAAUGUAUAUUCUUCACUGUCAUUGUUCGCUUCCUUGUUCAUAGACUUGAGAAACCGUUAGCUCUACGCCGAAUUUGUCGAGCACGUGUCUAUAAGGCAGAUGAAAUAUUUUGGCUCUCUCUAGAUAGAAAACCUGUCAUAGAGGACUAUACUAUUCAGUUAACUGAGAGUGUAGAUGAAAAUGGAAAUUUGUACGCUGGUAAAAUAGUCGCAAUCACAGAUGUGACUGCAUUUCAUCAAGAUCAUAAUCAAACCAUUACAAAUGUCACACCAGUUGGUAAUCCAUCUGAAGAUGACGAUAACGAACCGCUGAUGAGUGGCAAUGGAAUUGUAUCCAGAGAAAUUACGGAUGAUCAGUUACUGAUUGAAUGGGGUCAGUUGGUUACUGAAUGGCACAGCAAAGUAAAACAAGAUCAAGCUAAUGGUCUUAGUUUGUCUACAAAUUCCUUUAGAACAGAAUUAUUACACAGUGGUUGUUCUGGUCCACAUAUUUCCCAUUUGGGAUCUGCAUUUUGCCAGCAAAUUAGAAAAUUAGUUAGUCGAGGUAUUCCAGAUGCUUUGAGAGCUGAAGUUUGGCAGUUAUUGUCUGGUUGUCCUGUUGAUGAAAGUGGAUUAAUGGAUGCCUAUCGAAUUCUAAUCACCAAACCGUGUAAACACGACGACGUUAUCCGUCGCGAUCUAGCACGCACAUUCCCAGCGCAUAGUUUCUUUCGUGACAAAAUCGGUCAAGAGAGCCUAUUUUUUGUCAGUCGUGCUUACGCCUUAUACGAUGAAGAAGUUGGCUACUGUCAAGGACUUACAUUUUUUGCUGCUGUCUUAUUACUUCAUAUGCCUGUAGAACAAGCAUUCACACUGUUAGUACAAGUAAACAAUAAUUAUGGCGUUAGGGAAUUUUUUCUGAAUGAUUUUGACGGUCUACACAUGCGACUGUAUCAACUGGAUCGUCUUACCCAGGACCAAUUACCAGAUGUUUCAAAACAUUUCGCUGAUCUUGGCUUGGAGACCCACAUGUUCGCUAGUCAAUGGUUUUUAACUCUAUUCACAGCGAAAUUCCCUUUGAACGUUGUCUUUCAUAUUGUAGAUUUAUUUUUAACUGAGGGUUUGAUCUUCAUAUUCAAGGUGUGCUUAGCACUUUUACAGUCGGCCAGACGAGAUCUACUUGGCCUAGAUUUUGAAGGUGUCCUUAAAUACCUUCGAGUUGCAAUGCCUAAAAAAUAUUUAGCCGGUGACGCUAAUGAAGAACUACUCAGGACAGCAAUUCUGGCAAAAGUUACCUCAUCCAAAUUAAAAAAAUAUGCUAAGGAAUGGAUAUCAAAAAGAGCUGAAGAAAAAUUAACAGAAUCUCCCAUUCAUGCUAUGGAAUGUCAGUUGGCCUCAUUACGACAAAAAAUUACUCGGUUAGAGCAUGAAAAUGAAUCUCUGGCUUCAGGUUUACUAACAAGUAAAACAUCAAUGCAUGAACAAGUUGAUCGAUUGGAAGACAAAGCCGAAAUAUUAACUCGAGAACUGUUUGCCUCUAGACAGGAUUUCCAGGAUGCUUUAGAAGAAAAGGCUCAUUUGGAAAAUGAAGUUCUUCAGGUGAAGAAAAUGUUCCGAACUGCACUAGAAGAAAACUCAGCUGAGCUAGAAAGACAUCGACGAAUUUUUGCUUGUUACAGAAAAAUCACAAUGGAAUUAAAUGACUAUCUAGUGAAGAAUGAUAAUAAUGGUUUGACCGAUCCAUUUAAAUAUGAUCCCUUGUUUCUGAAUUUAACCUUCGAUCUAUUACAACAAUCACUGCUCUGUCAAACGUGUAAACCUAUCGUAGAUAAUUACAUUCAAAAUUCAAUGAAUGCGAUCAUGAAAAACGAAAUAAACAGUACUACAUCUAACAGAGAAGAUGAGCUCGUUAUGAUAAAUAAUAAUGGAGCAGAAGACGAUCAAAUUCAUGUAAACGAGAAGCCUGAAGAUACGGUUAAUACGCAUUAUACGACAAGACAAUCAAUUAUUCACAUUCUAGAUAAAUUCAAAUCACUAAACAUUAGUGAUAGCAAUCAUUCAGCACCAAUGAAAGAGAUAGAAUCAAAUGGGGAUAAGUUGAAUGAAUUAGAGUUAAAUAAUUCAAGUCAUACAUCUAAUGGAAGUUGUGAAAUAUCAUCGCACUAA